GAAUUAGGUUAUAUUUUCUUGCAGUCGCAUACCAAGAUGAUUUCUGGUACCUCCUUUCGGUGCCACAAAUAGUUCAGUCCUUCCCCGCAGCGCCCGACGGGAGGAAGAUGGGGUGGCUGCCAUAUUGGACGGAACCAUCCGGUACCAUAAAUGAGGUCGUUAUGCCUCCUAAUGAGUUUAUUGAUUGAAGAAAACAACUUUGGUGAUUGGAAUUGAGCACUUCAUUAUCACGGAAACAUCACUGUGAUUAUUGGCAGACACACUUGUGCGGAUCUCAGUCCUUCCGGGUUCGUGGUGAGGGAUCAGGGCGGUGGGUGCCCCCCCGCCCCGCAACCUUGGUGUGGCCUCCUCCGUCGCACGCACAUGGCUCGGCGGUAGCCGGCGCGACGCGCGGUGUGGCCUGGUAGAGUCGGAAGCGUGGCAGCAGCUGAGUUCGGCAAGGCGGCAGCGUCGCGCCCAUGCAGGACGCGGAGAACGUGGCGGUGCCCGAAGCGGCCGAGGAGCAGGCCGAGCCCGGGCAGCAGCAGCCGGCCGCCGAGCCGCCGCCGGAAGAGGAGCUGCCGCGGCCUGCGGGACCCGGCGCUUCGGGGGCAGCAGGGACCGAGGACGCCGAAGAAGAAGCUGUGGCCGCAGAGGCCGGGCCAGAGCCCGAGGUGAGGGCCCAGUCAGCUGCUGAGGCUACUGCGGAAGCGGUCGCCGGCCCGGCCGAAUCGCCCUCGCCGCCGCCCUCCGAGGAGCCGCCCGAGUCACAGGACGAGCCUCUCUCCCCGGCGCAGAGCGAUGGUCUUGGGGAGCAGGCCGGGGACGAUCCCGCAGACAGCCGGGCCCAGGCGCCGUUUGAGGAGGUAGGCGGGCCCGAGGGCAGCGCGGCCGAGGCCGACCCCCGGGCGGUGGAGAACGGCGACGCCGAUGAGCCCUCUUUCAGCGACCCCGAGGACUUCGUGGACGACGUGAGCGAGGAAGAAUUACUGGGAGAUGUACUCAAAGAUCGGCCACAGGAAGCAGAUGGAAUCGAUUCAGUGAUUGUAGUGGACAACGUUCCUCAGGUGGGACCAGACCGACUUGAGAAACUCAAGAAUGUCAUCCACAAGAUCUUUUCCAAGUUUGGGAAAAUCACAAAUGAUUUUUACCCAGAAGAGGAUGGAAAGACGAAAGGAUAUAUUUUUCUGGAAUAUGCGUCUCCUGCCCAUGCUGUGGAUGCUGUGAAAAACGCUGACGGCUAUAAGCUCGACAAGCAGCACACAUUUCGGGUCAACCUCUUUACUGAUUUUGACAAGUAUAUGACAAUCAGUGAUGAAUGGGAUAUUCCUGAGAAACAACCUUUCAAAGACCUGGGAAAUUUACGCUACUGGCUUGAAGAGGCAGAAUGCCGAGAUCAGUAUAGUGUGAUUUUUGAGAGUGGAGACCGCACUUCCAUAUUCUGGAAUGACGUGAAGGAUCCUGUCUCAAUUGAAGAAAGAGCGAGAUGGACAGAGACGUAUGUGCGUUGGUCCCCUAAGGGCACCUACCUAGCUACCUUUCAUCAAAGGGGCAUUGCUCUUUGGGGAGGAGAGAAAUUCAAGCAAAUUCAGAGAUUCAGCCACCAAGGGGUUCAACUCAUUGACUUCUCACCCUGUGAGAGAUACCUGGUGACUUUUAGCCCCCUGAUGGACACUCAGGAUGACCCUCAGGCAAUAAUCAUCUGGGACAUCCUUACUGGGCACAAGAAGAGAGGUUUUCACUGUGAAAGCUCAGCCCAUUGGCCUAUUUUUAAGUGGAGCCAUGAUGGUAAAUUCUUUGCCAGAAUGACACUUGAUACCCUUAGCAUCUAUGAAACUCCUUCUAUGGGUCUUUUGGACAAGAAGAGUUUGAAAAUCUCUGGAAUAAAAGACUUUUCUUGGUCUCCUGGAGGUAACAUAAUAGCCUUUUGGGUCCCUGAAGACAAAGAUAUUCCAGCCAGGGUAACCCUGAUGCAGCUUCCUUCUAGACAAGAGAUCCGAGUUAGGAAUCUGUUUAAUGUUGUGGAUUGCAAGCUACAUUGGCAAAAAAAUGGUGAUUACUUGUGUGUUAAAGUAGAUAGGACACCAAAAGGUACCCAGGGUGUUGUCACAAAUUUUGAAAUUUUCCGAAUGAGGGAAAAGCAGGUACCUGUCGAUGUGGUUGAAAUGAAAGAAACCAUCAUAGCCUUUGCCUGGGAACCAAAUGGGAGUAAGUUUGCUGUGCUGCAUGGAGAGGCUCCGCGGAUCUCAGUCUCCUUCUACCACGUGAAAAACAACGGGAAGAUCGAGCUCAUCAAAAUGUUUGAUAAACAGCAGGCAAACACCAUCUUCUGGAGUCCCCAAGGACAGUUUGUUGUGUUGGCUGGUCUGAGGAGUAUGAAUGGUGCCUUAGCAUUUGUCGACACUUCGGACUGUACAGUCAUGAACAUUGCAGAGCAUUAUAUGGCCUCCGAUGUUGAGUGGGAUCCUACUGGGCGUUACGUUGUCACCUCUGUGUCCUGGUGGAGCCAUAAGGUGGACAAUGCUUACUGGCUGUGGACUUUCCAAGGACGCCUUCUGCAGAAGAAUAACAAGGACCGUUUUUGCCAGCUGCUGUGGAGACCUCGGCCCCCAACACUCCUGAGCCAGGAGCAAAUAAAGCAAAUUAAAAAGGAUCUGAAGAAAUAUUCUAAGAUCUUUGAACAGAAGGAUCGUUUAAGCCAAUCCAAAGCCUCAAAGGAAUUGGUGGAAAGGAGGCGAACCAUGAUGGAAGAUUUCCGAAAAUACCGAAAAAUGGCCCAAGAACUCUACAUGGAGCAGAAAAAUGAACGUCUAGAAUUGAGAGGAGGGGUGGACACUGACGAGCUGGACAGCAACGUAGAUGACUGGGAGGAGGAGACCAUUGAGUUCUUUGUCACUGAAGAAAUUAUUCCUCUUGGAAAUCAGGAGUGAUCUGAGAGCACUGUGCAUCACCGCAUCUUGUGCUGGAGCUGAGGUCAUCCUUUUGCAGAAAGCCUACACAACUCCUGAAUUUUUACCUGUGCUUUCUCUUGGUCGACUGUGAAUGCACCUGGAAUUCUUCCAUCUCGACACAUUUUUGUGCCUUUAAGCCCCUGGUGUCCACAGUGGGGAGGUUUUAAGGCACUGCUUUCAAUCUCUUGUUUGGGGUUUUUUUAAUCACUACCACCAGUGUUUGCUAUCAGACUCUUUCCUGCAGUGCUGCUGGCAGGCCCCUUUGUACUCCUGCUGUCACUGCUGUCACUGGCAUUUCCAAGGUGUCCAUCCAGAGCUGAGCCAUGUUUCCCUUUAAGGACUGUCACUGUCCCGAGCAUGAGCCAGUAUCGGGUGUGUGCUGGAGACCAGCAGGGAAGCAGCACAGCGCUUGCGUACCAGCGUGCUCAGAAGGCACAGCAGCACCUCAUACCCCCGCCAUUCAGGUUGUGGCAGGUUCUCUCAACAGGUUGAACACGGAAAUAAAAGCAAACCUGUACGAAAAA